GCUUCGGGGAACACAGCUGGCCGAGGCCCGGGGUGGGGGUUAGUGCCUGGGAUCCCCUGUUGGACCUGGGUCUCACACAGGUUUGUGUGGAGUGGGGCGGCCGUCCUCGGGCCAGCCCUGCCCUCUCCAGGUAAGCCGGGUGGGUGGGUGCUGCCCAGCUCAAAAGGAAGCCUCUCCGCCCAGCCCCUCCCUUUCCUGAGCCUCCCCGGGGGAGCAGAUGGCAGCGCUGAGCCUCAGCACCGUGGGAGGGCAGGCCGGCCAAGCAGGAGGAGCUUCCAGAAAGAGCUAGCAGCCCUGGCACCUGGCCCUGGUACCCCAGAGCUGGGCAUUCUCAGGGCUCCAGGAAGUCACCUUUCUCCUUCCGCACAGGGAGCCUCUGUGUGUCUGCGUUCCACUCUGUCCCCACACAGGUCCCCCUGACCCUGCUGUCCCAAUUCCUGGGGAGGUGUUGAUGACUACACUGCCCUGUGCCAGGCUGACAGCAUGCAGGCCUGAGAUUCCUUCCUCCCAGCCCCGGGGAGUCAGUGACAGCGCUGGGGGCCCAGGCCCAUAACCUGGGCAAGUGCACACUGCUUCUGCUUGCUCACCUCCUCUCGCCGCCGCUGCUCCAGCACCUCUGGAAGGCACCAGCCCACAGAGCCCCAUCAAUGCAAGGGGGAGGGUCCUAGCCGUAGGAGGGCCAGGGGAAGCACUCAGGGAUGGGUUUCUCCAGCAGGGCCUUCCUAUCUGUGGCCCUUCAGCCCCAGUCCACUGGCACCCUCAAGCCCCCACAAGAAAUCUCUCCACAGCCCCUAAAGUGUGUUUGAACCUGAGGCCAGUGCCAAGCUAAGCAGGCGCAGUGCCAGGCCCCUGGAAAAUAAAAUGAGUCUGCAGGGAGCCGGGAGACUGUCCUUGGAAUGCGUGGGAAGGAGAGAGGGGCCACCCAAGGCAGGGCACACAUUCAGGGUGUCCAUCACGCGUUGCCCCUGCCCCCAGACAUUUGUUGGGGAUGGCAGCAUGUGACAUCUUAUGUCUUUAUGUGCAUGUGUGUCUGAGUUCGUGUGUGUCCCUCCUGAUGAGAGUCAGAAGGGGCUACCUGUGGGAACAGAGUCCUAUAAAGAGCGAGAGCAUUCACCUGCUGGAAGACGGGAGACAAAGGAGGAACUGGAGGAGCUCAUGUCUGACAUCAAGAAGACAGCAAACAAAGUUCGUUCCAAGUUAAAGAGCAUCGAGCAGAGCAUCGAGCAGGAAGAAGGCCUCAACCGCUCAUCCGCAGACCUGAGGAUCCGAAAGACACAGCACUCCACGCUGUCCCGCAAGUUUGUGGAGGUCAUGUCCGAGUACAACGCCACACAGUCGGACUACCGCGAGCGCUGCAAGGGCCGCAUCCAAAGGCAGCUGGAGAUCACUGGCCGGACCACAACCAGCGAGGAGCUGGAGGACAUGCUGGAGAGUGGGAACCCCGCCAUCUUUGCUUCCGGAAUCAUCAUGGACUCCAGCAUCUCAAAGCAGGCUCUGAGCGAGAUUGAGACACGGCACAGUGAGAUCAUCAAGCUGGAGAACAGCAUCCGUGAGCUGCAUGACAUGUUCAUGGACAUGGCCAUGCUUGUGGAGAGCCAGGGGGAGAUGAUUGACAGGAUCGAGUACAACGUGGAACAUUCGGUAGACUAUGUGGAGAGGGCUGUGUCUGACACCAAGAAGGCUGUCAAGUACCAGAGCAAGGCACGCCGGAAGAAGAUCAUGAUCAUCAUCUGCUGCGUGAUCCUGGGCAUUGUCAUUGCCUCCACCUUUGGAGGCAUCUUUGGAUAAAAAUCAUCCCACCUGCCACUCUACUCCGGAUGGUCUGCCCUCAGGAGGCCCCCUGGCUGCUGCUGCCUUCUGGCUCGGAGCCCCUUCUUUCCCAUCCUAUCCUGCUCCUUUCUCUGCCAUCGGGCCCUCCAUACCCACCCCACCCUGAGCCGUCGUGUGCAUGAUCUGUGACCGUGUGUGUCUGUACUGAGGAGCCGGUGGGGUGGGGCAGGUCAGCAAAGAACAGACUCAGGCCCUAGCCCAGGCCGCCUCACCCUUCCCAGGUAGCACUGCCCAGGGUAGCCAUGCUCCCCCUCUCCCUGCCUUCUACUCCAGCCUGGGGUCUGCCCUCUCUUGGGACCAGGAUUCUCUCUGGACCCCUACCUUGUCUCCUACCGCCUGGCCCAUCUGCCCUGACCUCUCCAGCUGUCCCAAGUCGAGCCCCCUGAGGGGUGGGGACCAGCUGGCCACAUGGUGCUGCUUUUCAGGUUAGGGGAAGGGUGGCCCUGAGAGACAGCCCAGCUCUAAGCCUCUAACAGCUCAUCACUGCCAGGGAGGCUCAGGGUGCCGUGGCCAGGUGGCUUUUGGCUGUGUCAAGACCGGGCUCCCUCCCCUGCCUAGGGGCAGAGUCCAGCGGGUCUUGGCAUUUCCCCUUCCCAUGUUCUCACAGCCCCAGGAGCAACCCCUUUGGGCUCUCCCUGACCCCAGGUAACAUACUUCCAGAGGCUGUCUGGUGCCUGGUUUCCAGCCACCCUUGGAGCUAGGGAAGCAGAUUGAGCCCAGAGGGCCUCUGCCAUAGCCAAAACCCACACACCCUGGGCCAGCCACUCUUCCCGGCAGGCCUUGGUCAGGUUCUCAAGCCAUCGUGUGUUGCAUGUUUGGGACAGUGGUCCCUGCUCCCUUGUGCUCUGGGAAAUCAGACUUACUUCAGGCCUGCAAUCACAUCCUGCCCUUGCUGUCCUCCACUGACAUGCCACGUGGGUGUCUGGUGUCUGGGAUGCAGUAUUCAGCAGCCAGCCAGGGAGGAGCACCUCCCUCCUCCCCGUCUUGGGGGCUUCUCAAGUCAGAAAUGUGCCCCUGCCCGAGACCCCUCUUCCUCGUUGACAGGCUAGGAGUGUGCAUGCGAGUGCAUGCAGUAGGGGACAGGGCCCCGUCUGUGCCCUGCCUUCCCCUCAGCUCUGCUCCUACCCAGUGACUGUGACCACUGUCCGUUGUUGCCUUCUCUAUCAGCCACUUCCCUCCCCGCCUUCACCCCCUUCACCAAAGGUCUUGGUACAACCAGCUGCCCAUUUUGUGAAAUUUUUAUGUAGAAUAAACAUUUGUAUCUGUACCAUGCCUCUACUGUAGAUUUUUUGCUGCCAGUAUCCUAGCCUUAGAACUUCAGGAUGAAUGUGCACAGCACUAACAGGAAGGAGGGGCCCAGAGGGUCCCUCCUGCUCCCUCAGCCUCCAGAUCCUCCGGCCCCUCCACCCCAGCUUAAAGGCUGAUGCCUGGUCUGUCCCGUGGGCCAUAUCCAUACCCUCCUCCUGCUUUUUCCCAGAAGUCACAAGCGAUCCCCAGAUGCCCCCAGUCUUAGCAUGCUACAGCCCACUAGUAACCGGACAGAAGACA